GCAGCUCAGGGCAACAGGGUUAUUGCUUGGCCAGACGGCAGUGGCUGGCAGCUAGGGCAUGAGGGCGACCCUGGAAAGUGGCAGCUGAGUGGGCCGGGAGGAACGCCACUCCUUAAGGAUCCCAGAAGUGCAGAACUCGGGGCAGGGUCGGGAGGCACGGGACAUUGGGGCCCUGCCUUCUGGAACGUGUCCCCGGGCCGGCCCGGCCCGCAGUGUGGAAGCAGCUUCAGGUAGGUGAACCUGUGACACAAUAUGAAGAGAAGAAAAUAGCCUUUUAAGGAAAUUGGCCCAAAGAAAGGAUGGCCUUCUUGGACAAUCCAACCAUCAUUUUAGCUCAUAUCAGACAGUCACAUGUGACCAGUGAUGACACGGGAAUGUGUGAGAUGGUUCUUAUUGAUCAUGAUGUUGACCUAGAGAAGAUUCAUCCUCCUUCAAUGCCUGGAGACAAUGGGUCAGAAAUUCAGGGAAGCAAUGGUGAAACUCAGGGCUAUGUAUAUGCCCAGUCAGUCGACAUUACCUCAAGUUGGGAUUUUGGUAUUAGAAGACGGUCAAAUACAGCUCAAAGAUUAGAACGACUCCGAAAAGAGAGACAAAACCAGAUCAAAUGCAAAAAUAUUCAGUGGAAAGAAAGAAAUUCUAAACAAUCAGCCCAGGAAUUAAAGUCACUAUUUGAAAAAAAGUCCCUCAAAGAAAAGCCUCCGAGUUCUGGAAAGCAGUCGAUACUGUCUGUACGCCUGGAGCAGUGCCCUCUGCAGUUGAAUAACCCUUUUAACGAGUAUUCCAAAUUUGAUGGCAAGGGUCAUGUAGGCACAACAGCAACAAAGAAGAUCGACGUCUACCUCCCACUGCACUCCAGCCAGGACAGACUGCUGCCAAUGACUGUGGUGACAAUGGCCAGUGCCAGGGUACAGGAUCUGAUUGGGCUUAUCUGUUGGCAGUAUACCAGUGAAGGCCGGGAGCCAAAACUCAAUGACAACGUCAGUGCCUACUGCCUGCAUAUUGCUGAGGAUGAUGGAGAGGUGGACACAGAUUUCCCCCCUCUGGAUUCCAACGAGCCUAUUCAUAAGUUUGGCUUUAGUACAUUGGCUCUCGUUGAAAAAUAUUCAUCUCCUGGUCUGGCAUCCAAAGAGUCGCUCUUUGUUCGAAUAAAUGCUGCUCAUGGGUUCUCCCUUAUUCAGGUGGACAACACAAAGGUCACCAUGAAGGAAAUCUUGCUAAAGGCAGUGAAACGAAGAAAAGGAUCCCAGAAAAUUUCAGGCCCUCAGUACCGCCUGGAGAAGCAGAGUGAGCCCAACAUCGCUGUGGACCUGGAGAGUACCUUGGAAAGCCAGAGCGCAUGGGAGUUCUGCCUGGUCCGGGAGAACAGUUCAAGGGCAGACGGGACUUUUGAGGAGGACUCGCAAAUUGACAUAGCUACAGUACAGGAUAUGCUUAGCAGCCACCAUUACAAGUCAUUCAAAGUCAGCAUGAUCCACAGACUACGAUUCACAACUGACGUACAGUUAGGUAUCUCUGGAGACAAAGUAGAGAUAGACCCUGUUACGAAUCAGAAAGCCAGCACUAAGUUUUGGAUUAAGCAGAAACCCAUCUCAAUCGAUUCUGACCUGCUCUGUGCCUGUGACCUUGCUGAAGAAAAAAGCCCCAGUCACGCAAUAUUUAAACUCACGUAUCUAAGCAAUCACGACUAUAAACACCUCUACUUUGAAUCUGACGCUGCUACCGUCAAUGAGAUUGUGCUCAAGGUUAACUACAUCCUGGAAUCACGAGCCAGCACUGCCCGGGCUGACUAUUUUGCUCAAAAACAAAGAAAACUGAACAGACGUACAAGCUUCAGCUUCCAGAAGGAGAAGAAAUCAGGGCAGCAGUGACAGUGGCCUCCAGCCUCAAUCUGUCACCAGAGCUCAAAGCCUGCCUGUCAGGGCCCGGCUGCCUGAGCCCACCCUGUGUCCUACAGUCGUAGGGAGGGAGGCCAGCCUUGGCUCACAGGCACAGGGUUUUAGGGGGAGAUUUGGGGAGGGGCAGCCCUAGGGUGGAGCUGAGGUUGUUUCCUUAGAACCAAAGCCUACGUGGCUAUGGCUUUGAGUAGCAGUGCCUGAGGCCAGACCACCACUGAGAAGAGCCACGUGCUGCCCAGCUGCCUUCACUGCCUGGUGACCCUGCCCACGGAUGUACAUAGCCGUGCCCAGACAUUUCCUCGCAACUUGAUCAAAUUUCUUAAAGCAAAUGGAGAACAAAAAUGUACUUUUUUUUCCCUUUUAAUAAACAGGUGUACUCUUU